UCACACUUCACCCCACAUUGAAUGGUCAUCCUAUCCACACAGCGCUUGGGAGACAUGCAAUCAACACGGGAGUUCACACCGCAGCGUGAGAUUCGUCAUUCUGCAUUCCGCUUGUAUACGCCUGGCUUGAUCUACGAAGAUCUCUUUCUCGACUCAGCCGCUGGCGCUAUGCUACUCCUGCCCUUUAUCAAUUCUUUGGCCAUUUCAAUCUUGGCACUCCUCUGGUUCGCUGGUUUUUUGUCCUUUGGCGGCAACCUUCUGUCCGAUUAUGUUAUGAUCUUCAACCUCGAAUUCUUCUCUUCACCCAGCCCUAGGAAUAAGCGGCCGAAAGGCAUGCUUGGCAGGAUCAAGAUUUCGGAAUAUGGUGUGCUCGCUCUGCUAUAAGAAGCCCAUCCUCUCCUGCUGUUCAUCCUGCUUGUCCCAGCAGCACGCUUAAGAUAUACUACAUUUUCGUUUCAGGUAUCAAUAUGCGUUUCUUUACCCUCCUUGCCGCUGUGCCGGCUGUCCUCGCCGCUCCCAUUCGCGAGACGCGUGCCGACCAGGAGGUCAUUCCUAACAAGUGGAUUGCAAAGUUCAAGUCUGGCUCUGACGCAAAUGCUCUGUCAAGCGCUCUUGCCAGUGUGGGACAAGUCCUCGGUGCUGAGCCAACCCGCACUUUCAAUAUUGGCGCCUUUCAAGGUUUCGCCUUCGAGGGUGACAACGCUCUUUCUCAGCUUGUUGCCAACCUUGCCUCUAUUGAAGCCAUCGAACCAGACACCAAGGUCUAUGCCAGUGCUCUCAUCACUCAGAAUAAUCCUCCUUAUGGUCUGGCUCGUAUCUCGCACCGUACUCCCAGCUCAAACUAUGUCUACGAUUCCUCUGCAGGCGAGGGCACGUUUGCGUAUAUCAUCGACACCGGCAUUCGCACUACCCAUCAUGACUUUGGAGGACGAGCUUCAUUCGGUGCUAACUUUGCUGGUGAUAACGACAACAGCGAUGGCAACGGCCAUGGAACGCAUGUUGCAGGAACGGUCGGCUCAGCAACCUACGGCGUUGCGAAGAGAACUUCUCUUAUUGCCGUCAAGGUCCUCGACGCCUCCGGUUCCGGCUCUAACUCGGGUGUACUGGAAGGUAUUGCAUGGGCUGCCAACGAUAUGAAGGCCAAAGGUCGUACCGGUAAGGCUGUCGGUAACCUUUCUCUGGGCGGAGUCUUCUCCCAGAUGACCAAUGACGCCGCUAAGGCCGCCAUCGACCAAGGCCUUUUCCUCGCCAUAGCGGCUGGAAACUCUGGUCUUCCUACUAUCACCUCAUCCCCCGCAUCUGAGAAGAGUGCUUGCACAGUCGGUGCUAUUGAUAGCACCGACACACUUGCCAGCUUUUCUAACUGGGGUGCGCUUGUUGACAUCCUUGCUCCUGGUUUAAACGUUACGUCGACCUGGAACGGCUCUGAUGACGAUACGAACACGAUAUCUGGUACCUCCAUGGCUACCCCUCAUAUCACCGGCCUUGGUGCCUACCUUCUCACUCUUGAGGGUUCGCGUACUCCUGCUGCGCUUUGCAAGCGUAUUGUUGACUUAAGCACCAUGGGUGCCGCCAAGGGACUUACCUUGAAAAUUGGCACUCCUAACGCCAUCGCGUACAACGGGGCUGCAUAGAUGGAGAUAUGAAAUAACGGGAAUUGUGGAACAGCCAAGGGCUAUGAUCUAUAAUGUAUAUAUGAAUGUCGCAUAUGAACAUGACCGAAACUUCGAGAGAAGUCAAUUGAAACGAAUAUAUUAUCAGCUAACGUAACGAACAUGUAUUGGUACACACGAACUCAAAGUAUUAUCCUCUUGAGGACCAUUGUGUCGCUUAUAGAUACGCAAAGAUCGUAUACUGACUUACAAAUGAUCACGCAGCUAUUUGGGCCCACAAUAUGCACCGCAAUCUAGAGGCCAACAU